CUCUGUGGAGCUCUCGGUCCUCCCUCCCACCUCAUUGUACCGCUCACCGGGAAAUACGGUGGGCAGGAGUAGAACUGAUCCGGCAGAGAGAGAGAGAGAGAGAGAGAGAGAGAGAGAGAGAGAGAGAGAGAGAGUCCACCCGUGCACCACGGGCUGCGCAUUCAAACUGACCAGCGCGUCUUUCUCACAGCGCAGACACCGUCCUCUCUCCACAUCCUUCGCCGAGCAGCCUCACUGCAGCUGACCAUAGGAGCCGGUGCAGAGGAGCUGCAGAGAAGAGCAGGAGGGAGGAGGUGAUGUUCUCUCCUCAGCUCACUGUGACUGUGAGCAAAGUGAGGGUUUGAGCCUGUCAGGACGCCUCCUAGCAGCCUCUCCUCAGGCACACACUAUCCUAAAGCAAAAACAACAAGCAGCCAAACUCCCCAAACUGACACCUCACUCUCCUCCACCCGCUCUGCUCCAGUCCCCAGUGCCAUGGCCUUUACCCUGUCAGAGAUCAUGGCAGCGAGGCGGCAGCAGUCGCAGGCUCAGUCGCACGCCCAGCGAGGCAGCAGGACAGCGGUGGAGGUGGAUGAGUAUAGCACCAACCCCACUCAGGCCUUCACCUUCUACAACAUCAACCAGGGACGCUUCCAGCCACCACACGUCCACAUGGUGGACCCGAUGCCCCACGACACGCCCAAGCCGCCGGGCUACACCCGCUUUGUGUGCAUCUCGGACACUCACUCCCGCACCGACGCUAUCCAGAUGCCGUAUGGGGACGUGUUCAUCCACGCCGGAGACUUCACUGAGCUGGGACUGCCCUCUGAGGUCAAGAAGUUCAACGACUGGCUAGGUACCCUGCCCUAUGACAUCAAGAUAGUAAUCGCCGGAAACCAUGAGUUGACCUUUGACCAGGAGUUUAUGGCUGACCUGAUCAAGCAGGACUUCUACUACUUCCCCUCUGCCUCCAAGCUGAAGCCAGAGAAUUAUGAGAAUGUCCAGUCGCUGCUCACCAACUGCAUCUACCUGCAGGACUCUGAGGUCACAGUGCGGGGCUUCAGGAUCUAUGGCUCCCCCUGGCAGCCCUGGUACUACGGCUGGGGCUUCAACCUGCCACGGGGUCAGGCUCUACUGGACAAGUGGAACCAGAUCCCUGACAACACAGACAUCCUGGUCACACACUGCCCCCCACUGGGUUUCCUGGACUGGGUCCCGAAAAAGAUGCAGCGUGUUGGGUGCAUGGAGCUUCUCAACACAGUCCAGAGGAGAGUCCAGCCCAAAUUACAUGUGUUCGGACACAUUCAUGAAGGUUACGGCAUGAUGACUGACGGCACCACGACGUUCAUCAACGCCUCAGCCUGCACUGUCAACUUCUUGCCCAUGAACCCACCCAUUGUCUUUGACCUUCCAAACCCCAGGACCACAUGACUAGAGGAAGCUCGCCCCCAAACACCUACCGCCAAUCAGGAGAAAGGCGCCAGGAGAGGUAGCUGAGGUUGGUGGGCAGAAGGAACCGAAUUCUGUAAAUAUAACACACACAUACGGAACAUGCCUGGAGAUGGAGCGGACUAAGUGUGGGAUGGACUCUCCCUCACGCUAUUAAUGUUAUUUAAUGUGCCAUCAUGUCUUCAUCUCAACACUGAGUCGAAAAGCAGAGAAACGGACGAGCGGAGAGACACUUUUACAUGCGGACAAAUGGACAUUUCUCACUGUCCUCUUUUACUGCACUGACAAUCUGAUGCGGCUCUCAGAGAGACAAAAGAGACACCCCGAUGUCAUUUAAAUGAACUGUAAACAUUUGGACUUAAGUGAAACAACCCAACGCCUCGUCUACAGGAGAGUUUUGGUUAAGCCACAUUUGCCCUUGGGAUUUUAACAGAACCCCACCCCCAAUCUUCCUCCUGUUUCUCUCCCCUCCUCAGGCCCAGAGUGUUUUUUUGCCAGCGUGUGUCUAUGUAUGUAAGAUCAAAGCAAGUGUGUGAGGGCAGCAAGAGGUCUCUGCCACGGCCUGUGUGAGAGUCGGGGUGUCAAACAUGUUGACACCAUUCCCCUGGGCCUCAUUACAGGCCUCAUAAGCCUCUUAACCAGCCGAGAGGAAAGCACACGCAGCACUUCCCAUUCUUUUCUCUCGCCACUCCUCCUUCCAUGUAGCUCCCUUUUCGCUAUUUUUCCUUCCUCUCUAUCCUUCAUGCUGUGAAUGACUGGGAGGUCGGGCUUCUUGGACGUGGAAAGGACAGCAGGUAACAUAAAAUGUAAAGGUGCUACACACUACUUGUGGACAGUCAUGCUAAUUCAGCUUCUGAGCACUGGUGGUCGUUUCAAGGAUCCUCCCUUGUGUUAUUCGUGGGAGAGAUGGAACAUUUGAUCCUUUUUCAAGUGAAACUGUAACUACAUGUACUGUAACUGGUCUCUGUAAAUGUUCUCUGCCAAUGUAAAGGAAAAAAACGUUGUUGCUAUGCUUCUCAAACUUGUUAAUACUUGUGUCCAGAAAUUUGUGGUUGUUACAUUUCAUUUGGUUAAUUUCUAAGUAAUGUAAAUGCUUAUUAUGGUAUUUUCUUCUCUGUGAAGCCGCUCGGCCCUAUUUGGUGAUUAUUAACUCUUUCAUGUCCCUAAGCAGUUUGUCUGUGUUUUAAAAAAAGAGCUGUUCUUUUUUUUCUCUUUGCUCUAUUUUCUGAAUAAGGCCGUUCUCAGUAAGAGUCUGAAUGUGCUUAGCAUAACAAGACCACGUCACGCUUUGAUCUCCCUGCUCUCCGACAUUAUAUAUGAACGUUCCCUGGGGCUGCAGUUUACUCCCGCUUCACUCUUGCUUCUUCAGCACAUCAGCGUUCAUCAUGCCGGCUGAUGAGAGCCGGCCAGAAAGAGCAGCAGAAUCGCUCACCAAGAAACCUGUGUCUGCGGAUACUGGUGGGGGGUGCAUGCACUUGUUAGAGCAUGCACACUGACGCCUGAGGGUCUGUACGUGUUAUGCUAAUGUCAUGUGGAGCAGUUUGAAAGUCUGAGUCUACAAUUGAGGACAUUUUGGCUGAUACCCACUUCUCCAAGUGGCACAUUUAGGGUUAGGAUUAGGUUUAGAAUUAAGAUUAAGUUUAAGGUAUGGUGCGCAUGGUGUAGAGAGUAUGGGCACUGCAGCUUAACAAAACACAGGUAAAUAGAGAAAUCAUAUUUACCAAUGUAACAGCACAUACAUUCAUUUCAGAAGAUGUUGGUCUGACAGGACAGUUGAGGUUCUGAUAAAUGACUAGGAUACAUGAUUUAAAUGUAACUUUCUCAAGAUAUUGUGAUAAACCUUUAGAUACAGUCUAUGUCUCCAGUAAUAUUGGAUCCAUGCAAUCAGGAUGAUAAAACUGAAAUACCCUCACUUGUUAGCUAACUUUCCAACUCCACUGAUGGAUACUCAAAAUCAAAAACUCAAUUUGUUUAUUCUUAUGUAUUUGCAGCUAUUUUCUAAAUGUGGUAUAUGUCAAAUUGGUGAAUACAGCACUAAAACUAUUUAAGAAAUAUUCUUUGUUAACCUUGUAGGCAUAACAAAUAGCUCCACAAAGUGACAUACUGUAGCUACAAUGCAUGUCAAGAUGCCGCUUAUGCUGGCAAAACUGUCGGUGCAGGUUCCACUAGUCAGUAAACGGCAAGUGGAACCAGGUGGAAGCAUCAAUGAAGUCCAAAGACAAUGGCUAUUGUUGUAGCAUGUGCAGGCUUUUAGAUUUGAUGGCUAAUAAUCAAUAUUAUGAGGCAAACUCAAGAAAAACAACAGUCCACAAAGACUUUGCCCUAUCACUGUUAAGCUAAUAUACUUCCUGCAGAUGUUUCACAUUAAAAGCGAACUAGGAAAGGGAGAGUUUAUGCCCUUUCAGCCGUUAGAAGGUGUUAGAAGGAGCAUUUAUGGUAUAUUGAAGAUUCUCAAGCAGGCACAAAUGAUCUCUGCUCAACACUUUAAUUGUUUAUAAGAAACAAACAGUUUUCUCAUUUUCUCACUAGCAAGUCUCCACCAUUUCACUAACUGGUUUUGUUGGAUCAGAAGAACAAGUAAUGGUUCUUUGUUGAAUGCUGGCACAAUAUAUCAUUGCGAUCCCCUUCAAAGAACCAGGAUUUUAGGUGGAGACUUUAGAUCAGGGUUGGCAGUAGUAGUUUGAAUGUUUGUGUUUCAGUUUGAAUUUAAACACAAAUUUAAUAAAAGUCUAUGUUUCAAGAAAGGAAUAAAGGAAACUAUUAAAAACCAAAAGAUGGGAGGAACUUAAAUCUUUAAAUUUCAUAAAAAGCUGUUUUGUCUGAUUAUCCAGUUCCAGUCCUCAUGUCUCACUUUCAUGCUCUUCUACUUCAAUAGCUGUGUUAUGCGUUUCCUGUUUUCUCCAAGUAAAAAAAAUGUGCUGUACUAUUUCUUGAUUUAUUUCUUGAGGCAUGCUUAAAGGAGGUAAUGACUUCUGCUACUCAGACAAUCUGCAUAUGAAGAGUUUUGUUCCAAAAUGAGAUAUCUACUGUUUGAAAAAUGGACGCCUACACAGGCAGAAUGAUUGACAGCUACAGCUUGAAAGCAGAUUGUGGUGGUACUUUAUAAAGGAUUGUUAGUAACAUUUUUACUGUUAUAUUUCAACAAUACUGGAUGGUUAACUUCAGGUCUUUUUUUUAAAUGGAAUUAUAGCAUUUUGGAAUCAAAGUGUUCAUAUGUUAUUGUGUUUUGCUAUCGUUGUUGGAGACUUUUACAUUUUUUUAAACUGUAAAACAAGAAAAUGAAGACUCAACAGCUGCAAAAUUUUACUGUGUUGAUCCUGGAGACAACUCUAUGUAAAGUACCUUUCUUUCUUAAAACCAUAAGGAUUCUGCUGGUUCUGAGAGAUUAUUCACAGAUUGAAUAAAACCUUAUCUGUGAAAGGUG